GCCCCGCCCCCUCCCCUCGCGGUGUGCUGCGUCACGUCAUGGCGUCGGCGUCUCGCGCUUUCCGGAAACGGAAGUGAAGUUGUCUGGCGUUUCUGACGUUACAGGAGGCCGGAAGUGGCGGGAGAAGACGCUGAGCGGAUCCCCUCGGUUAUCACCCUAUAAGCCCUGCCAUGUUUAAUCCGUCCCAACCUUGAGUUUCCGAAAGAGAAAGAUGUCUGCUGUGAAUGAGAUCAUUGUGCUAGACGACGAUGAAGACGAGGAAGAACCACCUCGUCCUGCAAAAGCCAAGGCCAGCCUCCGUAAUUCACCCAAGCAAACCAAUGGAAAGGCAGAAGAAAGCAGCAGCAGCCAGCGGAGUAAGGCCGAGACCAUAAGUGCCGAAAAUAAGGCGCUGUUCAAUGAGUUUGUUGAAUUCUGCACAAAAUUGACCACUGAGCACCCGGAGGUGAUCGAGUUCCUCCAAGGAAGAUACUCCAAGGCCAGUCCCUCCUAUCUUGCCUCUGUCGAGUUCCGAAACACUGUGGGCCGCUGCCUGACUCGGGUACAAGCCAAGCGGUCAAAAAUAUUUGUUUACAUCAAUGAACUGUGCACCGCCCUUAAAGCCAAUUCACAAAAACGGAAGGUCAACCUGCAGACGCAAGCCGCCCAGCAGCCCACCCCACCGAGUACUGAAGCCGUAAUCGAAAACGAUGAGGAGACCGAGGACGCACCAGUAAAGAAAACCGGCUCCAAGCGUCAGAUCCGCUACCUGGAGAAUCUCCUAAGGAUAUACUCUGUGGAGAUUAAAAAGCUACAGACAAAGGAGCUGACCCUGGAUGAGCUCGAAGAUGAGGACUCCAGCUACAUCCAGGAGUCCAGGCUCAAGCGCAAAUUGUUGCGAAUCUUCGAAAAACUUUGCGAGCUAAAGGACUGCAAUAGCCUUACCGGCCGAGUCAUAGAGCAGAGGAUACUCUACCGGGGUACGCGCUACCCGGAAAUCAACCGGCGCUUGGAGAAGUUCAUCAAUGGGAGCCGAGACCUCUUCCCGGAUUAUGGGGAUGUCCUACAGGUGGUUGAGCGGGCGAAUGAUAAGCAUCGCUUAGGGCUGUCACGCAAGCAGAUGCAAAGCAUGGCGCAGGAUGCCUUCAGGGAACUUGGUAACAAGCUCCAGGAUAGGAGACAUUUGGAUAUGAUUUAUAACUUUGGCUGCCACCUGACUGAUCCCUAUAAGAGUGUUAAUGAUCCUGCUGUGCAGGACAUAAGUCUGGCACGGCGCCUGCGUGAAAACCGUAAUAUGGCCAUGAAUCGCCUUGAUGAAAUCAUCAAAAAGUAUGCAGAGUUACAGGAUGACGGAGCGGAGGAUCACAGGAUGAAGACCAGAAAGGGCCCUGAGAAGAGUAGAGUCUCCUCAUCGGAGGGGUCAGAAGAGGAGGAGGAGGAAGAAGAGUCAGAGGAUUCUGAAACUGAUAUUGAAGAAGAGCUGGAGCGGAGUAAUAAAGCGCCGGAGAGUGAGGAGGAGAAUGAGGAAGAAGUUCCUGCUGAUCCAGAAAAUGAAUCUGAUCAAAAGAUGGACAUGGCAUCUGGUGCGGAGGAUGGGGAAAAAGGAAAGAAAGAUGGCGAUGAUGAGAAUGUAAUAGAGGAACAGGAGGAAGUGACAGAACAAGAAUCCUCUCCAGCAUCUACUUCAGCUUCCUCCUCACAUGAUAAGGACUCUCCCAAUACCACCCUGGACUAUGAGGCUUCUGAUCUUCCACCAUUAAGCAAUGAGAGCUCCGCUAAAGCCAAAUCAGACGAUGAACACAACGAGGAGCCGGAGGCCUGUGAGACCCCUGAAAACGCUGCUGAUCCGAUGGAGGUGGAACAAGAACACGAUGACUCUGCGCCAAAUUCUGUGGACACCGGAUCAAAAGAAACUGAAGAUGUGAUUUCCAAUUGUAACUCACCUUCUGACACCCGAGAGGAUAGUGCAAAACAUAAAAACCCUCAGAAGUUUUUACUGCCCGAUAUGACGGUGUCCAUAGAGAAAGACAAAGAAAACUCUGGUGAAGGCGUCACAGGACUUAUAGACGAUCGCUCAUAUGAAGGGAAUGCUAGUGAGCGGUCUGUGUCCCCCGGGGUCCAGGAAGAAGGCGAUGCAAAUGUUAAUAUGGAAGAAUCUUCUGCAAAAAGGAAGAGUAUAGACAGUGAGCCUGGGAGUAUGGAGGGGUGGCCGCUCUGUACGGAUGAGGCCAAAAGUGAUGAUGAACCUGAUCAUGAUCCUGCAGAAGACGGCGGUGGUUCUGUAGAAGACGGCGGUGGUUCUGUAGAAGACGGCGGUGGUUCUGUAGAAGACGGCGGUGGUUCUGUAGAAGACGGCGGUGGUUCUGUAGAAGACGGCGGUGGUUCUGUAGAAGACGGCGGUGGUUCUGUAGAAGACGGCGGUGGUUCUGUAGAAGACGGCGGUGGUUCUGUAGAAGACGGCGGUGGUUCUGUAGAAGACGGCGGUGGUUCUGUAGAAGACGGCGGUGGUUCUGUAGAAGACGGCGGUGGUUCUGUAGAAGACGGCGGUGGUUCUGUAGAAGACGGCGGUGGUUCUGUAGAAGACGGCGGUGGUUCUGUAGAAGACGGCGGUGGUUCUGUAGAAGACUCUGCAGCCAGUAUGGAUCACAGCCCUCCAGAUAGUCCUAUGGUGGAGCGUGAGGUGCCCACCACGAAUGUCCACACUGAGACAACAGACCUGGACACUUAUGAUAAGGACUGUGGCCUGUCACCCCUGGGCAGCAGCAAUGGCGUACACAAGACCGCACAGGUGCAAAGCACCUUACUAAAUCGCCUGAAACUUAACAAGGACAAGGCGACUCCCAGAGACUCUCCAAAGCCGAGAAACACAGAACAAGCCAGUCCGCUGCCUAACAGGAAAAGGAAAGCCAUGUCUCCCAAGAAAUGGACUAACAACAACGGGCUAACACAAUACAACGGGAAAGAAUACACUGAAGACCACAACAAGAAAGACCACAAAAGAGCAAAGAUGGACUGUUCUUACACUUCUCUCUCCAGCUCCUCUGACUCAGAUUCUGAUAGUAUUGUGGAGGACGAGCGAACUCCAGGCCUGAUGAUGACGUGCAGCCCACGGGAGACCCCCAAAAAGUCAACCAAGAAGACUCACGUCUCCACGCAGUGCGACCCAGAUGAAGUGAUCGUCCUCUCGGAUUGACUCCUUUUUGUACAGUGAAUCGGAGGAAGAGGACAAAGGUGUCUGGGACCAUUAGGGGAUUAUGUGGUGUGUUGUGUCUGGGUAUUUGGAGAAAAGCAGCAGCCAAAUGCUAACCCUUUUGGAGUUGGAAAUGUUUGGGUUUUAGGGGGUGGCCGACCGGAGUGUGCGCAGGGGCGCCCCCCUCUGGUGUAGGUAGUCCUUUAGUCUGGGAGCUCGGGGGUUGCCUGGAGUCAUCCGGACGGGUGUUAGCUGGAGGCUCUAUGUGUAUAUGAAAUCUUUUGGUGAAUACAACACUUGAAUAUUUCAUUUCCCUCCUUGGGGGGGAUUUUGGAUAUUUUCUCCCGUAUAUGCCCUCUUUAUUAUAAUUUUUUUUUUUUGUAAAAACAACUUUGAGAAUAAAUCU